AAGGAAUUGUGGGAAGCAUCUUGGCCGCCAUCUUGAACGCAGGUGAUCGAACUCGAAAACUGUAUUACGUGUUUUCAUUCGUUUUUCUCUUAUUUUGAGAUGAUUAAGGCAAUACUUGUAUUCAACAACCAUGGGAAGCCUCGGAUGACGAAAUUUUUUGUGCACUAUUCUGAGGAUAUGCAGCAUCAAAUAAUAAGAGAGACAUUUCACAUAGUCUCAAGAAGAGAUGACAAUGUUUGUAAUUUCUUAGAAGGAGGAACGUUGAUCGGAGGUUCUGACUUCAAGAUUAUUUACCGACAUUAUGCUACGCUUUAUUUUGUGUUCUGUGUGGAUUCUUCAGAGAGUGAGCUAGGAAUACUUGAUCUUAUACAGGUAUUUGUGGAAACUUUGGACAAGUGUUUUGAAAAUGUCUGUGAGCUGGAUCUAAUAUUUCAUAUGGAUAAGGUUCACUUUAUUUUACAAGAGAUAGUAAUGGGUGGUAUGGUACUAGAAACAAACAUGUCUGAGAUUUUAACCCACAUUGAGGCACAGAAUAAACUAGAAAAAUCAGAGGCUGGAAUAAGUGCUGCACCUCAAAGGGCAAUGUCUGCUGUUAGAAAUAUCAGUCCAAACCUACACAAUCUUCCAAAACCAAAUAUAAAUUUACCAUCUAUCAAAUCACUGCCACAUAUAAAUUUACCUUCCUUCAAGUAGAGUUAAAGAUGUUCUAUUUUUCUAGUUAAAAGAAUAUAACUGUUGUUGAUAAUGCAGCAUAGAAUGAAAUAAUUUUAUUUUCAUGUACAGGUUAUUACAGUUGCAGUUAGCUUAGAGUUACAUAGGGUAGUAUUGGUUACACAAGAGAAUGGAAUCCAGGACUGGGUUGUUCAAAGGUGGUUUAAGAUAACCCAGGGUUACCGUGAAAUUUAAUUGCAGAUCUGAAAGCUUUAAAAUU